AUGCUGAGAAACUUCAGGGUUUUCGACCUGUCAGAAGUCAAUGGAGCAAGGACUCAUGCAAUUGAGAAGGAGGCUUACGAUUCUGUGCGUCCUGGCAAGCUCUUCAACAACAGAUGGGUGCUCAACCCUCGCCCAAACCUCUUCCGGCCCACCAACCCCGAGUACAAGGAGGUUGUUGAGAUGGGACCAUUCUAG